AUGUUAUCUGCUGGCAACUCUCUCCCUCACACGCACACACACACUCUCACUCUCUCUCUCUCUCUCUUCCCCCCACUCACUCACUUCCAGCCUGGGAUCCUUUACUAGCAUGGGGCAGCGAAAAUAACGGUUCACUGCUUCAGAUUUUUUUUAAGUAUAAUAAGUUAAUUUCAUAUAAGAGAGAAAUCUAAUCUUUCUGCCUCUACAAAAAUCCUAACGUAGCAUUUGACAAAUUAAGUUUUUUUUUGGCAAAAUUGUAUUUUUUUUUAAUCUCCGUGGAUCUAAAAUCUCAUCGUGGUGGAAUAAAGCUGGUAUUUUAUUGGCAUUUCACUGGAGAAAAGCAGAGGGGUCAGAGAGAAAGAGAGAGAGAGAGAGAGAAGUUGGGCGAAGUUUAAAGACUUGAUGCGGAUUGCAAUGAAGUGAAGGUGUGUUUAUCUUCGGCAGUAGCAGUGUUGGUGUCGGGACUAGCGCUGCAGCGAGGAGGCAGCUCUUGGCAAGUCUGUGAACUGCACAAGGCUUGAGAAUCAAGAAUAAGCAACUAGAACGUGCCUUUAUGCCUUUUUUAUUGUAAAUAUCUAAUCUGCUGCUUUUUUUCGCGUGAAGAUUACGAUCUGCAGCUGCUUUUCUUCCCCCUCUCCUCUCCCUCCUCCCUUCAACUUCCAACUUACCAACUUUGAAAAUGCACCACUCCAUUUUCACUGUGUUUCUCACGCUGGAUUUGGCGAUGAUCGGCGCUUGCUUAUCGACCUGUAACACCCUCGACAUCAACCAGUUCAAGGAUAAGAGGAUCAAAGCCAUCCGAGGGCAAAUCCUCAGCAAACUGAAACUUACAAAGCCCCCGGAACAUUACCCGGAGCCAGAAGAGGUGCCGGCAGAGGUAAUCGCGAUUUACAACAGCACCAGGGAUUUGCUUCAGGAGAAGGCAAACGAGAGGGCUGCCACUUGUGAGCGAGAAAGGAGUGAAGAGGAAUAUUACGCAAAAGAAGUUUACAGGAUUGAUACGAAUCCAUAUAGCUCCCGUGAAAAUGUCAUCUCCUCCCCACAAUACAACCGAUACUUUAGACGUGUGCCUUUUGACGUCAGCUCAAUGGAGAAAAACGUUUCCAACCUGGUGAAGGCAGAGUUCAGAGUGUUUCGUUUACAGAAUCCAAAGGCAAAAGUAGAGGAACAACGAAUAGAACUGUAUCAGAUUCUAAAGCACAAAGACAUAUCAUCUCCCAGCCAUCGGUAUAUUGAUAGUAAAGUUGUACGAACGAGAACUGAAGGCGAAUGGCUUUCCUUUGAUGUUACAGAGACUGUAAAUGAAUGGUUACUCCAUCGAGAGAGAAACAAUGGCUUUAAAAUAAGUCUACAUUGCCCAUGUUGCACAUUUGUGCCUUCAAGUAAUUAUAUUAUACCAAAUAAGAGUGAAGAGCUGGAAGUUCGAUUUGCAGGAAUUUCUGACAACUACCCAGGAGAUUAUCCUGGCGUGGAUAAGGGAAAAAAGGGUAAGGACCAUAUUGGGAAGACAGCACAUCUCCUCCUCAUGCUAUUACCAACCUACAGGCUUGAGUCACAGCAAUCUAGCGGACGGAAGAAGCGUGCACUGGAUGCUACAUUUUGCUUUAGAAACUUACAGGAUAAUUGCUGUUUACGCCCACUGUACAUUGACUUCCGAAGAGAUCUAGGGUGGAAAUGGAUUCAUGAACCCAAGGGCUACAAUGCCAACUUCUGUGCUGGGGCCUGUCCUUACCUCUGGAGUUCAGACACUCAACACAGUCAGAUACUUGGCCUGUACAACAACCUAAACCCUGAAGCUUCCGCCUCUCCUUGCUGUGUUUCUCAAGACCUGGAGCCACUCACUAUCCUCUAUUUCAUUGGCAAAAAUCCCAAAAUUGAACACCUUUCAAACAUGAUAGUUAAGUCUUGCAAAUGCAGCUAAGAAUGAAUACAUCCCUUGAAAAUCCCAGGUUCAUCAGUGUUAAACAAAAGAACAAUACACGGUACUAGUUUGAACUAUUCGGAAACUAUUUUCUUGUUUAACUACCAACAGAAACAAAAGAAGCAAAAAAUGUACAUUGAAGGCUUUAAUUCUAUCCUUCACUUACUAUUUUAGUGUGAUAGAUGAGACACAGAACCUUUAAUUUUAAAAAAAAAACACUGGAAGAAUUGUAAGUGUUAAUAUGUGAAAUAAAAGGAGUCCCACUUAGUGGAAAUGCUGUACAGGUCCCGUGCCUUACUUGAUCUCUUGUGUAUUGUUAUGCAGUUGGCAUCCUAUAAAAUCCUUUCUAAGGGCACAAGUAUAAUAAAAUAUAUUGCUGAUCUGUUCAUCGAGGGAUGUGUUAUUGGGUUAAUAUGGCAGAAUAUGGUAAGAAAAUUUGAAAUCAUUGUGAAUGGUCUAAUAUUAUAUUGGCUUGAAAUGCAAACAGUAAGCACUUGGGCCUAAAAAUCAGAGUGACAGGAGAAAGAAGGAAAUGUUAAGUGAAACACAUAGAAUCUAAAUGUUAGGAUAUUUUAUCGGAGGAGUGCCUUCAUAGUAAAGAAUAUCAGGCAAAAUAAAGAUUAGAAUAAUUUGGUGAGAAGGGGGUUAACUUUUCAAAAUAAAAGUCAGAUAGCACCUUUCCUUUCCCCCUCUGCAUUAGUUUUAACAUCUGUAAACAUGUUAACCUCAGAAAUGUAGUGGUACAUAGUCUGCGUGCUGAUUGGGUAAUUAGCUGCAGUGAUCAGCGAUCAGCGGGUAGCAGAUAUGGAAUACGAUAAUUGCAAGUUCUAUCUACUACUUGGCUUGGGUUUACAGAUUUUCAUGCGCAAUUGUGAUGUCCUGUUCCAGUGCGGGGGGUGGGGGGGGGCAGGUCAGAAAUGCAGAGGUCAGCAUUCGCAAUCAGUGGGAUUUGUAAUAUUAUGGCCUCUAUUUUUAAUAUCUGAAAAAAACUGGCUAAGCAUUAACUCAGGUGCAGUGAUCUUUCUACCAUCUCUUCAAUCUGCCCUCCUGUUGAGCAAGUCAGCACAGCAGGAGCAGAUCCCUCCAAAUCCAGGGCAAAUAUAUUUGCAGAAAAUAAAGUAUUGGGGGCUUAUUUUCAUUGCGCUCUCAGGUUUUGGGCUCUAUACUUAGAUUUCAUCUUUAAAAGCAGUUAAAUAAAUGUCCCUUGCUCCCACAUAUCAAACAGAAAGUGCUAAAUAACAUUAGCUUUCUCCUUUCUCCAAACUGAUCAUCAAUUUGUAUACAAAAUUUCAACUCUAACUCUGCUAUAAUUUCUGUUUUUAAAUUUGUUAGUGUGAUGCUUUAUUGUUGCCAGUUACAUAUGAGUGAACAAUUAGCAAACACAAAACUGAAAUGUGUACAGUAUUGUUUAAAAAAAAUAAAGAAAUUAGAACUACAA